UGGGACGUCAGAGAAUGUCCUUCCCGGUUGGACAAGAGAGCGUGGCUCACGCAAGUGUCAAAGAGACUCUUCCAAGUUCCGAAGCUGGAUGCAUUCAAUUAAUUUGGCAGAAAAGGAUUGAUACACAAUUGCCAUUUAUAAGGUGCUGGACAGAGCCACGAGGGGACAAUGUCUGACAGCAGUGGUGCUGCCAACAGCAAUAGCUGGAUUGUCCUCACAGCUGAGGAGACUGUUGCUGAGACACUGAGGCCUGUAGAGGAGGGAACAGAGCACCAUGAAGAUACUCCCAGUCAUACUGCUGCAGAGAAACCUACAGAGAGUAGGCCUGGGGAGGAUGCAGUGUCKGCUGAAGAGUCUCACUCUGUGAAGCUACAGCAGGAGACCCAGGAAACACAACCAGAGAGAGACAAGGAUUACACCCCUGUUGUAGAGAGUCCCACCCAUGACCUUCCUUUUGACCCUGCCCUUGACUCCACCUCUGCUAGUGUUGCUCCUCCGAGCUCUCUGUUAGAAGUCCCCGCCCCCACAGGCCGUGACCCAGAUACACACAGCCAAUCCAGAAGCCUCCCUGGGAACCCAGCCCCUCCCAUCUCUGACCCUGAUUCAUUCUCUGACUCCUACACCCACAUUAGCUCCUCCCCCGACCUUGAAGAGCCCCCUGCCUUGCUGCUCAACACCGAGCCACCGGAAGAGGUGGGGCUUGUACAGGAAGCGGAGGGGUAUAUACAGGAUGUGCAUCAUCAUUAUGAGGAGGGGCUUGGGCAGGAAGAGAAGGAGUCUGAUCUGUCUGAGGUCGGGGCCAAGACAGACUCCCAUCUGGAAGCAGAGGUGGUGGGGGAGGAGGAAGGGGUGUCAGGGGUGAGGAGGAGGAGGGGGUCUCUCCUGGCAGCUCUGGAGCGGAUCGGAAGGAAGGAGGAGGAAGAGGAGGAGGAGGAGGAUGAUGAGUUCCGGAUUCCGCAGCAGAGGGAGCAAGAGGAGACUGGUUUCUCUCUCAACAAGUGCAUCCUAGGAGCUGUCAUACUGCUGGGCCUCGGAACCAUCUUCUUCUCAGGUGUCUUCAUGGACCUGGAUGGUGGUAGGUUGUGUGUGUGUGUGUGUGUACCAGAGGAAAAGAGGAGUGUUAUGCGAUUAACACUCGCAUGCUUGGUUGACAGUGAUCUCUAUGCUUUCCCAAGAUGCACUGCUCUCUCUAGGUUUCUUAGCCAAUUACAAAUGACAAGUGCACGUUGACAAUGUG